AUGGCAUUCAAGUUCGUAGCAAUCCUCGCUUUCGCCGCGGUGGCCAGCGCUGGCGUUGUGCCCGUGCAUGAGGUCUACCAACACGCACCCGUUGCCACCGCCGUGGUGAAGGCGCCAGUGGCUUAUGCUGCGCCAGCUCCCGCUUAUGCUCAUGUCGCUCACGCUCCAGUUGCUGUACACGCUCAUGCUCAACCGAUUCUUGCCAAGCACGAUGACGAAUAUGACCCACAUCCACAAUACAAAUACGGCUAUGAUGUGCAGGACGCACUCUCUGGCGAUUCCAAGAGUCAAACGGAGGAACGCGAUGGUGAUGUCGUCCGCGGCGAAUACUCCUUGGUCGAUGCUGAUGGUUUCAAGCGCGUGGUUCAAUAUACCGCCGAUCCCGUUAACGGUUUCAACGCUGUUGUCAACCGCGUGCCUUUGGAACAUGUGAAAACUGUGGUGAAAGCUGCGCCUGUAGCCUACGCCGCACCAGCUCCCGCUUACGUUAAGGAGUACGCCGCCCCAAUUGCGUAUCAUCACUAG